UAUAGAUAUAUAGAUAUGCAUAUAGUAGCAAGUUCUCACCUUCUGCUCUCUAGUGUUUUUACUCUAUUUAAGACGAGUAAUAUAGGGUGAGCGUCAGACAUGGGGGGCAGCAGCAUCGUUAACGCAGCAGCAGCGGCGGCGGCGGAGGCGGGAGGCGGUGGAAGAAGCAGCGGCAAGCUGCUGGAGUUGCUGAACGUGCGGGUGGUGGGUAGCGGGGAGCGGGUGGUGGUGCUGUCGCACGGCUUCGGCACGGAUCAGUCGGCAUGGAACCGCGUCCUCCCCUACUUCCAACGCGACUACCGCGUCGUCCUCUACGACUUGGUCUGCGCCGGCAGCGUCAACCCGGACCACUUCGACUUCCGUCGUUACACCACCCUCGACGCCUACGUCGACGACCUCCUAGACAUCCUCGACGCCCUCCACAUCGACCGCUGCUUCUUCGUCGGCCACUCCGUCUCCGCCAUGAUCGGCAUCAUAGCCGCCAUCCGCCGCCCUGAGCUCUUCCUCAAGCUCAUCCUCGUCGGCGCCUCCCCCAGGUUCCUGAAUGAUGGAGACUACCAUGGGGGCUUCGAGAGGGAAGAGUUCGAGAAGGUAUUCGCGGCGAUGGAGGCGAACUACGAGGCGUGGGUGCAGGGGUUCGCGCCGCUGGCGGUGGGGGCGGACGUGCCGGCGGCGGUGCGGGAGUUCAGCCGGACGCUGUUCAACAUGAGGCCGGACAUCUCGCUGUUCGUGUCGCGGACGGUGGUAAACAGCGACCUGCGCGGGGUGCUGGGCCUCGUCCGCACCCCCUGCGUCGUCGUCCAGACCGCCAAGGACGUCUCCGUCCCCGCCUCCGUCGCCGCCUACCUCAAGGCCCACCUCGGCGGCCGCACCACCAUCGAGCUCCUCCCCAUCGAGGGCCACCUCCCCCACCUCAGCUCCCCCGCCGUCCUCGUCCAGGUCCUCCGCCGCGCCAUCGCCUCCCACCGCUGAUCACCAUCACCACCAGCCACAGCAGGGCCCACCACCUCCGCUUCCGAGUCAAACUGGGUAUGGCUGAUGAUACGUGGAGAAUAAAAUUUGGUCGGUCGUCCCUUUCGUCUUAGAUGUAUCCACAAGAGACAUCCACGUGGAGGUCACGUGAUCUCAUCAUCUUCCUCCUCCUCCUCCUCCUCCUCCUCUGCCCUUUGUAUUUUCCCCAGUGUAUCGUCCAAUAGUAAAAAAGCUUUGGCAAAUCGCUUGUUUGCUUUGGCCUAUCCA